CCGAUUAUUUUCCCAGGGACAAGAUGACAGCUUUGCCAUCGUCUUCCUUCUUUUCUGAUUUUGGGCUGCUGUUGUAUUUGGAGGAGCUUAACAAAGAGGAAUUAAAUAGAUUCAAGUUACUCCUAAAGAAUGAGGCCAUGGAAUCUGGGUACUGCCUGAUACCCUGGGCUGAAGUGAAGAAGGCCAAGCGGGAGGAUUUGGCUAACUUGGUGAACAAGUAUUUUCCAGGAGAGCAGGCCUGGAAUGUGGCUCUCAAAAUCUUUGGCAAGAUGAACCUGAAGGAUCUGUGUGAGAGGGCAAAAGCAGAGAUCAACUGGGCAGCUCAGGCCAUGGGACCAGAGGACACCAGGGCUGGAGAGGCACAAGGUGAUCAGGAGGCAGUGCUGGGUGAUGGAACAGAAUACAAAAUUCAAAUACAGGAAAAAUUUUGCAUCAUGCGGCAUAAGAAGUGUUUGUUUAGAGAACCUAAAGAUUUCCAUGAUAAAAUUGCUGAGGAAGGUCGAGAACUGUUGGAACAUUUGUUUGAUGUGGAUGUCAGAACUGGUGAGCAGCCACGGACAGUGGUGCUUCAGGGGGCUGCUGGAGUUGGAAAAACCACCUUGGUGAGAAAGGCAUUGUUAGAUUGGGCCCAGGGCAACCUCUAUUAUCAGAAAUUUACCUAUAUGUUUUAUCUUAAUGCAAGAGAAAUUAACCAGCUGAGAGAAAGAAGCUUUGUUCAGAUGAUAUCAAAAGACUGGCCCAGCACCGAAGGCCCUGUUGAAAGGAUUAUGUCCCAGCCAAAUAGUCUCCUUUUUAUAAUUGAUAGUUUUGAUGAACUAAACUUCGCGUUUGAGGAACCCGAGUUUGAGCUGUGCGAUGACUGGACCCAGGUACACCCAGUGUCAUUCGUCAUGAGUAGUUUGCUGAGGAAAGUGAUGCUCCCUGAGUCAUCCUUACUGGUGACAACGAGGCUCGCAGCUUGUAAGAAACUAAAGCCUUUGUUGAAAAGUCCGCGUUCUGUAGAGCUACUAGGUCUGUCUGAGGAUGCAAGAGAGGAGUAUAUUUACCAGUUUUUUGAAGACAAGAGGCUAGCCUUGCAAGCAUUGGAUUUACUAAGAAACAAUGAGAUGCUUUUUAGCAUGUGCAAAGUCCCCCUAGUGUGCUGGGUCAUUUGUACUUGUCUGGAACAGCAAACGAAGAAGGGUAGUGAUAUUACAUUGACCUGCAAAACCACCACAGCUCUGUUUACCUGCUAUAUCUCUAGCUUGUUCACACAGGUAGAUGGACGCUGUCCUAGUCUUCCCAACCAAACCCAACUGAGGAGCCUGUGCCACUUGGCUGCUAAAGGAGUAUGGACUAUGACACACGUGUUUUAUAGGGAAAAUCUCAGAAAGCAUGGGUUAACUAAAUCUGAUGUCCCGGUUUUCCUGGACAUGAAUAUUCUUCAGGUGGACACAGAGUAUGAAAACUGCUAUGAGUUCACCCACCUACACAUUCAGGAGUUUUUUGCAGCUAUGUUCUAUUUGUUGAAAGACAGCUGGGGAAUCACAGAUCGUUCCUCUCAGUCCUUUGAACAAGACUUGAAGCUGUUACUUGAAAGCAACAGUCAUAGAGAGCCCCAUCUGAUGCAGAUGAAAUACUUUUUGUUUGGCCUAUUGAAUGAAGAUCAAGUAAAACAACUGGAGGAGACUUUUAACUGUAAAAUGUCACUGGAGAUAAAGUGGAAGAUACUUCAGUGGAUGAAAAUAUUAGGAAACAAUGACUAUUUCCCAUCACAGCUGGGAUGCCUGGAGUUGUUUCACUGUCUGUAUGAGACUCAAGAUGAAGCAUUUAUAAGCCAGGCAAUGAGAUAUUUCCAAAAGGUUGUCAUUCAUAUUUAUGGGAAAAUCCAUUUGCUUGUGUCUUCAUUCUGCCUGAAGUAUUGCCAAGGUUUACGGGCCAUUAAACUGUGUGUGGCAUUUGAGAAGAUGUUAAACUCAAGACCCCCAGCUGAAACUUGGGAUGGUGGUUGCAUUACUUGUUGCUGGCAAGAUCUCUGUUCUGUGCUCCAUACAAAUGAACACUUGAGAGAAUUGGACCUGUGUCAUAGCAACCUUGAUGAGUUAGCAAUGAAGACUUUUUAUCAAGAACUCAGGCACCCAAACUGUAAACUACAGAAACUAUUGUUGAGAUUUCUUUCUUUCCCUGAUGCUUGUCAGAAUAUCUCUAGUUCUUUGACUCACAACCAGAAUCUGAUGCAUCUCGACCUGAAAGGGAGUGAUGUAGGGGACAAUGGAGUAAAGUCAUUAUGUGAAGCCUUGAAACACCCAGACUGUAAACUACAGAAUCUGAGUUUGGAAUCCUGUGACCUAACUACACUUUGUUGUCUGAAUAUCUCUGAGGCUCUUGUCAGAAGCCAGAGCCUGGUAUUUCUGAAUCUGUCGACCAAUAAUCUAUUGGAUGAUGGAGUGGAGCUGUUAUGUGAGGCCUUGAGAGAUCCAAAGUGUUACCUAGAGAGACUGUCUUUAGAAAGCUGUGGCCUCACAGUGGCUGGUUGCCAGGAUCUCUCUUUGGCUCUUAUCAACAAUAAAAGGCUGACACAUUUGUGCUUGGCGGAUAAUGCCUUGGGAGAUGGUGGACUAAAGCUUAUGAGUGAUGCCUUGAAACAUCCACAGUGCACGCUACAGAGCCUUGUGCUGAGACGUUGCCAUUUCACUUCACUGAGCAGUGAACAUCUCUCGUCUUCCCUCCUGCACAACAAGAGCCUGACACAUCUGGAUCUGGGGUCAAACUGGCUACAAGAUGAUGGAGUAAAGCUUCUGUGUGAUGUCUUUCAGCAUCCAAGCUGUAGUCUUCAGGACCUGGAAUUGAUGGGCUGUGUUCUCACUGGUGCAUGUUGUCUGGAUCUGGCUUCUGCUAUUUUGAACAACCCAAACCUGCGGAGCCUGGACCUUGGGAACAAUGACUUGAAGGAUGAUGGAGCAAAAAUUCUGUUUGAGGCUUUGAGACAUCCAAACUGUAACAUUCAGAGGCUCGGGCUGGAAUAUUGUGAUUUGACCUCUCUCUGUUGUCAGGAUCUCUCCUCUGCUCUUAGCAGCAACCAAAGACUGAUAAAAAUAAACCUGACACAGAAUACCUUAGGUUGUGAAGGAAUUAUGAAGUUAUGUGAAGUCUUGAGGUCUCCUGAAUGUAAACUACAAGUUCUAGGGUUGUGCAAAGAGGCAUUUGAUGAGGAAGCCCAGAAGCUGCUGGAAGCUGUGCGAGUUAGCAAUCCUCACCUAGUCAUUAAGCAAGAUUAUAAUGACCAUAAUGAAGAAGAUGGUUCCUGGUGGCAGUGUUUCUGA